AUGCAUUCGAUUCACGAGGAUGUUUUUUAUUUAAAAAACACAGCGCAAACUUUUAAACGUUUAGUAAAUGAGAUGAUUCUAAGCUUAAAUGGCAUAUUUGUUUAUAAUGAUGACGUUCUCAUCACCAACAAUGAUAUCGUUAAGCAUAAGCAGACCCUGGCAACUCUGUUUGUAGGACUAACUAAUCGGCAUGUGAAAUGCUCCCAAGCCAUGAAAAACUUAAAAACUAAAAAUAUCUCUUUUUUACGUGUCGUAAAGUCCUCAAGUUCUGUUCUUAACAUGGUGAAUUUUUAUCGUCGACUUGUCGCUAACUGUACUGAUAUACCGAGUCAAAUUGAGGAAUAG